UUUUGAAUUCUAAACAUUUUGUCGAUAAUUUUAACCUUUAAAAAGAUUUGUUUUGCAGUUGUUGUUACCCAUGUCUACAAAAGAAGAAUUGCAGUUAUGGAUUGAUGGUGCCAAGGCUUACAAACAGGGUGACCUAGAAACUGCUCUCCUUCAUUUUGAGCCCAUCACCUCAUUAUCCAAAGUUGCAUUCAAUGUCGGAAUGAUCUAUACUCGCUUCAAUGACCAUGCCUCGGCUGAUAUGCUGUACUCGAGUGCACUAGCUUCUGAUCCGUUUUUGGCUGUAGCUUUCUUACAAAAGGCAUAUGCCUACUUUAUGCUGGAGGAUUACUCCAGGGCUGAACGGUGCUAUAAUAAACUGUUUGAGCUUUUAAGAGAAAAUGACUACAUUGACUAUGCCCAACUCGGACUCAAAUACCGACUCUACAGAUGCGAAGUGCAUUUCAACAAAGCCAUGUGCGCCUUUAUGUCGGCUGAUAAUGCCCGUGGCGUACAAGGGAUUGCAGCUGCCCAAAAAUGUGCAAGAUCUGCCGACCAUCAGGCCAUCAUUGCUUCUGCCGCUAGGGGUGGUAUCAACGAUAUUACACUGUUUACUGUGCCAUAUGAGGCUAUUUUUGAAGUGCCCGAAUGCAAGGUAAAGAAUCUGGAUCAACGCUCAUUCAUGAAGGACGCAAAGGUGGUUAUCACUACCGAUGAGAAUGAGUCGUUUGCUGGGUUUACCGGUGCUGCCAUUUUGAACCCUGCUCUAUCCGACUCCACUCUUGACUAUCCAAAAGGCGAUGACGGCAAACCUGCUGUUGCACUCACCAUUCUUCGUCGUCCCACACUAGCCAGUGUGUCUACUGCCAUUCCACAGUCUCCAACUGACCGAUCUCCCUUGUCUGCUU